AGCAGCUGUAAUUGUGCAAUCUUUUCAGGCAGGCAGACUCAGAGAGCUCUCAUCUUUCAUAGAUAAAACAACUUGAAAACUGUUUAUUCAAAGAAUUUGUCCUACACCUGCUUUGAGGAAGGUUUUAAAAAAAUUCAGCCAUUUCUGUGUAAACAUUAACUGUAUAGCUGUCUCAGUCUACGACAAGAAGCAUGUUUAUACAAGAUGUUACUUUAAAAUUAAGAAGCAGGAGGAGCACUGGCUUAUAAAAGAAAGAUUUGUGUUUUUAUUAGUCCUUUUGGUCACUGUGGGUUACAGAAUGGAACGUACAACACGAUUCUGUGCUCCUGCUUGUUUUCUAGUUGGGCUGCUCAGGUGUGUUGGAGGAAUAUCUGUGCUUGGAUUCAAAUAUUUUACUUUCCUGUGUGGAUUACUGGUCCAGUCUGAUGAAGUGCUGUUAUCUGGUGCCUCAGCUCUAGGGACAAGACUCUUGACCUGCUGGAUCAGCUCCUUCCAGAUGCCCUUUGGCACGUGAGUACAUCAUUCUUCACGGAAAACAAAAUCCCAGGUUAAAUCUUGCAUUUAUUAACUUUUUGCUCUGCCAAGAAGACGUUAUUUUGUGGAUGUUUACUUGUUUCAGUAGAUAUUAAUGCUGUAUACCAUACUGGCUUUGCUACAGGACAUCACAGGACAACCUAUUACUUCAGAAGACUAACUGAAUACACUGGGUAACAGGAUUUGAAGAUGCCAACCCGUUGGCAAAAAUGCUGCAAUAAAAAGUCCAGAACUGAGAAUGCAAAAGCUGAAAUGGACAAUAUGGCAGAGACAAGUGAAAAAAUGCAGAUGAAAAAAGAAAUCACAUUACUAAAUGGAAUUUCUUUAAUUGUAGGCAACAUGAUUGGCUCUGGCAUAUUUGUAUCACCCCGAGGUGUUUUAAUGUAUAGCACUUCCUAUGGACUCUCACUGAUCAUCUGGGCACUUGGUGGGAUUUUUUCCUUGUUUGGAGCUUUGUGUUACGUUGAACUGGGAACAUCCAUCAUAAAAUCUGGAGGCAGCUAUGCCUAUAUUCUGGAGGCAUUUGGGGCCUUUGUGGCCUUCAUCAGACUCUGGUCUUCCUUGCUAAUUAUCGAACCAACAACUCAGGCAGUGAUAGCAAUCACAUUUGCUAACUAUAUUGUCCAGCCAAUUUUCCCCCACUGUGAGCCGCCCUAUGAUGCAGUCAGGUUGAUUGCAGCUGCCUGCAUCUGCUCCUUAACAUUUAUUAACUGUGUUAAUGUAAAGUGGGGUACCCGUGUACAAGAUAUUUUCACAUAUGCCAAAGUCAUGGCUCUUAUCUUGGUGAUAUCUGUUGGCCUUUACAAAAUUGGCAAAGGGGAAACCGAAAACCUGAGAGCUCCAUUUGAGGGCUCAGCAACAAACCCAGGGAUGAUUGCCCUGGCUCUCUACUCUGCCCUCUUCUCCUACUCAGGAUGGGACACGCUCAACUAUGUCACCGAGGAAAUGCAGAAUCCUGAGAGGAACCUACCUCUUUCUAUUGCAAUUUCAAUGCCUAUUGUAGCUAUUAUUUACUUAUUGACUAAUAUAGCUUACUAUGUAGUGUUGGACAUGUCAGCUCUCCUCACAAGUGAUGCAGUGGCUGUGACAUUUGCAGGUGAAACUCUUAGUCAUGCCAAGUGGAUAAUUCCUAUAGCAGUGGCCAUGUCUUGCUAUAGUGGCUUAAACUCAUCAAUUAUUGCAGCAUCUCGGCUUUUUUAUGUUGGAGCCAGGGAAGGACACCUCCCUGUCAGUCUGAGCUUGAUUCAUGUGAAGUGCUUCACACCAGUCCCUGCUCUCCUGUUCAAUGGCUUAAUGACUUUGCUUUAUCUCCUUGUGGAAGAUGUUUUCCUCCUUAUUAAUUACUACUGCUUCAGCUACUGGCUCUUUGUGGGUCUAUCUGUUGCAGGACUAAUAUAUCUGAGAUAUACUCAGCCACAUAGACCACGACCUGUUAAACUUAGCCUCUUCUUCCCUAUAGUAUAUUGUUUGUGUUCCCUAUUCCUGAUUAUAGUGCCUCUCUACAGUGACACAAUCAAUUCCCUUAUUGGCAUUGGUAUUGCCCUCUCAGGCAUUCCUGCAUACUAUUUGGGAGUUUAUCUGCCAGCUGAAAAACGACCAAAAUGUCUCCUUUGGCUCUCUGUACAGCUACAACAACGAAGUAUGUUCAGAUGCUCUUCUACUGUGCUCUGUCAGACCUGGACAUAGAUGUGGAACCCACAGCAGCUAAGACUAAAUAGAGUUGCCUCAACACUGAGAAUUGUGCCUUGACAUCUCCUGCCUGGAACAAUUUUUAUCAUCUGAAGUUCUCCCCAUAUGUUCACUCAUACUAGAGCACUAACCACUGUACUGUGCAUCGGUUUGAUGUCAGUUAAGUUGUGAUGGCUUUAUAAAACAGUCUGUUUUCCAGGAUUUCUUUUUAAAAUUCUGUUUGUUAAUAGUGAGUUAUCAUGUAACAUGUUGAAACUCUAAAGCACUUUGUUGGAAAGGAUGAAAGUUUGACAAGAAGGUUUCACAGAUAUGUAUGCUAGGCAGAAAGCUCUUUGAAUGUAGAAUCUGAGAACGAAAUAGAGAUGGAAGCAAGUUUUGAUAUAGAAGAACAGUAGAUGUCUAAAUUGACAACUGCUGAGCAAGUUGUUACUGGACAACUAAGAAAGCAAAUGUUAAGUUGAGUUGGAAGGGGGUUUAUGAUGAGAGCAAAGGAUAUGUUGACCACAAACAAAAAGAUGUUUUUACCAAGCAGAAAUAGGUCUUAGGAAAAGCAGAAAGAUACUGCAGGCAAACAAGCAUGCCAAUGUGGCAAGUAGAAAAAAGGUCUAAGAAUUUUCUGCUGCAAGAAAACUGAAAAACAACUUUAAGCUUAAACUGUAACAUAUUAACUCAUGUGAUUGGAUAGUAUUGACCAUAAUAUGGUAAUGAUAGUAGUUAUGAUAGGCUAUAGGUAAUAGUAAAGAUAUUGAUUGGUCAUGUAUUAAGAUGCUCAGCAAAAAAAAAUAUAUAAUGCAAUGUAACCAAAACUAAAGGGUCUUCAGGCUUGUCUAUAGCUGGGGCUGACAGCUGUAGGCUUGGCUCUGUCACCCACAACCCAAGACUGCUUUAAAAUCUUGUAUACAAUAAACAGCAUUUUGAAGAGCC